AUGAUAUCCUGCCUUCCAGUCGAAAUACUCCUUCAAAUAUUUUUGGCAAUUUAUUAUUCCAAGCCUAAAAGUCGUCCUUAUGAACAAUAUCAAACACUUCAUUCAUGUUUAUUGGUUAAUAGAUUUUGGUGUGUAAACGUCAUUUCAAUCCUUUGGUCAAGAGUUUUUUCCUCAGAUUCCCUGGUUCGUUUAGGAGCCAUAAACAAAUAUAUUUCUUGUUUAAACCCCGAAAAAUAUCAGCUCCUUCUGGAUGCCGGUAUGAAAUUUCCAAAACGUUCAGAACGUCAGUUAUUUGAUUAUCCUUCAUUCUUAAAAGAGUUACAAUUUGAUAUAUUUUUAAAAGAUUUGUCUGUUUGGUGUAUUGAACAUGGAGGUUAUCGUUGCCAUAAUCUUAAAUUCCAAAACCUCAUGUUAAAAACCUUAUUAGAAUUAUUCUCCGAAAGAGGUGCCAAAUUAGAUGUUUUUUAUAUGAAAGAUGUUUAUAGAAGCGCGUUUCCUUCAUAUCACACAGAAUUAAAACAUCUGGAUUUUAGUGUGUUAACAUCUGUCAAUGUUAAAGAAAUGUUCUUGAAUUGCAAAAAAAUGAGAUUAGAAGGAGAUGUGCUAGCGCUUGAUAAUAUUAUAGACAUUUUUACAUCAAUUUGUAAUAAUAUCGAACAUUUAACACUCGAUUCUCCGAACAUAGAACCCAAGGUUUUACAAAAUGGAGUAUUUAACUUUUUGGAUCCGACAUCAGACUCAUUUUUAUCUAAUGAAAUAGAUAGAAAAGAAACUCUUUCCAAAAUCUUAAUAAAAUCUAGUAAUAAAUCUAGUGCAAUUGCCAAUUUAAUUGUUUCUCAACGCAAACUUAAGACUUUGGUUUUAGUUAAUAGGUUCUCAAUGUAUUAUAUGCCCUUUCAUCACACAAUCCAGUUUAUAUAA